GUGGCAUUAAAUUAGAACGGCAAAAAUGGCAGGAAAAGAGUUGGACCUCUUCGUAGAAGACGAAGUUUGCAAAAAGAAUGAUGACGGUGGCUAUGAAUACGGCUUCGUUUUAGAAAAUUCAGAAUAUUUCAGUAGCGAAGACGAAGAAGACGAUCGUUUACGUUAUGGAAGUGUUAAAGUGGUGUGGCAUCCUGAGGGAAAUGACGCGAUUGAAACGGAAAGCAAGGUGAUUUUGACUGACAGGUCAUUGAUGCCCGGAGAUGUAAUCAGAAAAUUAAUAGUCGGAGAAAAUAGUCCACGUGGAUUUGUACAAGACACUUCGAUGAAAUGUCAUCUUCACAUUAUUGGGACAAAUAAAUACAUCUACAAUGUAGAUACUAAAGACUUGAAGCCCUUGCAGGGAUUUGAGAUUGAUGCAGGGGAGGUAACUAUGGAUUCUUGGGUUGGCCGCCCUGAAAUGGUGAAUCAACAGAUCCAGGUUGUCUUUCCUGAUGGAGCUCGAUGUCUCAUUAUGGACACAGAUCUAUGCAUGUUGGAGUGCACCAGUAAUGUUAUGAAUGAUGACUCUGAAUUUAGCUAUGACAGCUGUUAUUAUCGUGGACAGACAUUUGCUGGUUACAUAAAAGAUUUCAGAGAUGCCAAAUGGUUGAACCAAACAAAACUACACAAUUCUAGACGUGCAAAGAAAUCAAAGCUGGCAAUUUGUGUCCAGGUGGAAGAAGUAACUGUUCGGUCUGUUGAAGUCCAGUGGCUUUGUAGAGGUUUCACCAAAAUGGACGAUUCGGUUGCAAACAUGGAACACCCACCUAAUGAUGUGAAGUCAAAAGAUCUUGACAGACUACACAUAUUAGAAGGCUUUACACACUGUGGAGUGCAGAUUGGUGAUAAAAAGAAGUAUGUGAUCAAAGCCACUGAUAUGAUGACAGAUAUUCCUCCUAAAGGAAAUCUGGUGCCAGACAUUGUUACCAGAAAUAAUAUAUUGACUUUCAAGGAUGGCAUUAAUCCAGUAUUUACUCCAGUGAAAUCAUUAUCUAUAAGUUCUCCAGAUUGUUCUAAAUCUUCUACUAAAGAAUCCCUAGUAAAUCUUGUAUCUCAGGAGAAUGAUGAGUCUAAAAAUAGCACAGAACCAAGCAGUGAUAAAGAUGAUAUUGAUAUCUUAUCUGAUGAGUAUGAGUCUAUGGACGAUGAGGAUGAUGAGGCAGAUGAAACUGAAAAGAAAAAAAAUGACAUUUCUGAGGAUGGAAAGCCAGGAAGCACAGUGAAAGAAGUUGGAACAAAGAAGUCUAAAGUGAAGAAAAGAGGAGAAAAAUCCAAAUCUAAACCACUUGCAAAAUUUGAAGACAUUACUAUUCCUUGUGAGCCAGGGUCACAGGUAGCUGUUGAAGUGUGUUAUACAUUUUCAACGGCUAACAUAAUGUGGCAGAAUGGCGAAGAAGAAACAGGGACUCCCUCUCCAGAUUUGUAUCCAAUUCAUCAUCUUGAUGAGCUUGAAUUUUUUCCUGGGGACUUUGUAGUUGACUCAAAAGAUAACAAUAACGGGAGAUGUAGUAACUAUGGUGUCGUGACCAGUUGCGACCAUUUGGCUAGGACAUGUAUGGUCAGAUGGAUGAAGACCGUUGACAUAGCCAAGGGGGAAAAACCAGACGAAGCUGUUCCUACUGAUGAGGUCAGCGUGUAUGACAUCAAAGACCACUCUGACUUCAAAUUCCGGCCUGGCCACACAGUCAUCAGGGUGGCAGAACCUAUGAAUGUUACAGACAAUACUCCUGCUGUAGGACAGGUACAUAGACUCGACCCACAGGGAUCCCUACAUAUACGAUGGCCUAAUGGGGAGAUAACUCGAUGUUACCCUCAGGAACUCUACAUUGUAGGGGAUGAGAUGAGCGAGUUUGACAGUGACUCCGACUGGGAGACCACCGAGGAGGAGGACGAUGAUGACGAGGAUAGCGAUGCUAGUUGGGAGACAGAAAAUGAAGAAGAAGUUGAUGAUGACACCAACAAGUCAACAACACCAGAUGCAAAAGAUGCAGACUCAACCUGGUUCCAGAUACAACAGAAAAGAGAAGAGUUGGUUUCCUUCAUACAGAGAGCUCAGACUGCACUAAGUAAACUGGAAGCAAUUUUUGUAAAUGUUCAGUGUGACCUACGAAUUCAGAAUCCAGAACAAUGUUUUACGGACAUUAUAGCAAUAUACCGUAAGUGCAGAGAAUUAGAUAGAAUUAUUAAAUCCUCUUACUUUGAUAGUCCAGACAUUGUAGGAUUAAUUGAAGACAUCAAAGCAAAGCUACGCAAAGAAAAGUGCAAUAAGAUCAACAGACAUUUGAUACAGGUGUUUGAAAAUAGACGAGGACAAAGUGUUAAAGGAUCGAUUACUGAGGGGAGCAUAUCUCAGGUAUCAACAAGUGUUCAGACAGACAUGAAUGAGGAGUCAGGUGUUUGUAAGAUUGCUACAUGUGUUCAGACUGAUGGUAGUGUGACAGGUAUGGAAGUCCAAAGUGAGGUUGUACCCAAUGAUGUAGCCACAGGCAAUAAUAGUGGGUUAUUGUCUAUUGAAUGUAGAGACAAACCUGGCAAUGCCCAAGCUACUGAAGCAAUCUCUGAUCCUGUGGGCGGAGAAGGAGACGGAUGUUGCACUACAAAAUCUCCACCACAAACUGUGUGUAAUGGUUUAGCAAGUGAUUCAGAAGAGAAUCCAGCAGAUAACUGUCCAGAAGGUUGCUCAGGGGAGAUAGCUUCAAAUGACAAAAGUCAGCAGACUGAUUUGGCUACAAUCUGUGAAACCAAGACAAGAGACAGAAAUGUUGAAUUGUGUUCUCAGAUAUGCAAGCAGUUACGCAAACAAAUGACCAAAAUGCAGGAAGAAGUAAAUACCAGGAGUAGUCAGGCGAUUGCCCUUGCAUCAUUGACAUCUGUGGAGGCUGGGCUUAUUUCACCCACUUCUGAGACUGGGCUUAUUUCACCCACUUCUGGUGCAUCAUGUAUUCCCCAGGAAGGUGUCAAUAUCUUGUCAAAAUCUGAGGAGACGGGGCUUAAGUCAACUACUGAUGAUGCAUUACUUAUUCCUAAUAAAGGUGACACUUCAGAGAUUGAGAAUGGCAAUGAAGUUUCAGAGGUCAAAAAUACAGUCGAUACCCAGCAUGACACAACUGACAUGGAAGCCAAAUUAUCAGAGGGUGCAGAGGAUAGGCCUAUCAGUGAUGUGGCAUCUACAGAUUCGUCAUCACAGAUUCUUUCUCCGAGUGAUGGGAACAAUUUGGAUAUUUGCACAGAGGAUAUAGAACCCAUCAGUGUGGAAAGGGGAAGUUUUAUAUUAGAAGAGGAAGUACCACUAAGUCAUAAUUUCCGAUCAAAAGAACCAGUAACAACUUCGAAGGCUUUCAUGACUGCUGUUGCCAAGGAGAUGAAACUGCUGCAGUCCAGUCUACCCCAUGGAAUAACUGUGAAGGGGUUUGAAGACAGAGUAGAUCUCUUCUCUGCAAUGAUUAUGGGCCCAGCCAAGACGCCAUAUGAGGAUGCACCUUUCUUCUUUGACAUUCACUUGCCAGCUGAGUACCCCAAUUGUCCGCCCCUGUUCCACUACAUAGCCUUCUGCUCAGAUAGGUUAAACCCCAAUCUGUAUGAGGACGGCAAUGUAUGUGUGAGUCUGCUGGGAACAUGGGAAGGCAAGGAUAAGGAAAAUUGGACCUCCAACUCGAAUCUUCUUCAAGUUUUAGUGUCCAUUCAAGGACUGAUACUUGUAUCUGAACCUUAUUUCAAUGAAGCUGGCUAUGAGAGACAAAAAGACACCCAACUGGGGAGUGAAAACAGCAAAACUUAUAAUGAGAUGGCCAUACUGAAGUUGGUGCAGAGUGUCACCAAGAUGAUACAAAAACCACCUCACAGUUUUACUACAGAAACACUGGAUCACAUCAGGAAUUGUGGAAGGAGGUUUGUGAAUAGAAUUGACCACUGGAUUUUACUGUCAGAGGAGAAAACCAAUUUCAGAAAUCAGAGUUCAAAGGCUUUACAUACUAGUGACUCGGAUGGAAUGAUGAUACGAGCCAUGGAAAAAGGCAAUGGCGAAGAAUCUGUUGGUGACCUAGCUAAGAAUGAGCUGUGUGCACCAGACUUUCCGUUCUUACCUGCUUCUAGAGGAUUCUGUAUCACAAUGAAUAAAAACCUUGUCCAGUUAAAUGAGCAAUUAGCAACACUAGAAUCCUGAUGUUGAUAUAUAUUUCAGACAUGUCAAUAUAUAGGAGUUACUAUUUCCCUAGACCCGAGAUAGCUGAGCCUGUGUGCAUGUCAGUCAAGCUUCCCUAGACCCGAGAUAGCUGAGCCUGUGUGCAUGUCAGUCAAGCUUCCCUAGACCCGAGAUAGCUGAGCCUGUGUGCAUGUCAGUCAAGCUUCCCUAGACCCGAGAUAGCUGAGCCUGUGUGCAUGUCAGUCAAGCUUCCCUAGACCCGAGAUAGCUGAGCCUGUGUGCCAUGUCAGUCAAGCUUCCCUAGACCCGAGAUAGCUGAGUUUGUGUGCCAUGUCAGUCAAGCUUCCUUAGACCUGAGAUAGCUGAGCCUGUGUACCAUGUCAGUCAAGCUUCCCUAGACUGAGAUAGCUGAGCCUGUGUACCAUGUCAGUCAAGCUUCCCUAGACUAAUAUAGCUCAUUUUAGAGGAACAUGGUUAUCAGUACGUAGAAUAGAGGUAAUAUAUAUAAAGUGUUUGCAUGUGCUAGACUGGAAUCAGUGUUGUAUUGAAAACUUUGUCCACUAUCUUUGUCAUGUUUUUCUGCAAUGGGUUUUCCCGGUGUUAGCGAUAUUUCAAACAGUGUUCUGGAUCAUUGUUGUGGGUCAUGUUGUAAAGACAACAAUUUCAGUGAUGUAACUUGUCUUUUGAUUGCAUGGUAAUUAUCUACCCAAAAUAUUAAUUUGUUGUUUUGAGUUUGUCUUGUUUUGUUAUGCAUGUUUAUUUUAUUGAUCUUUUUGAUAUAUACUAAAGUGCUAUACAGGUUGUACGUACAACACCCUGACAUGUGACAAAUAUGAUUGAUGAUAAAUAAAGUGAUGAUAGCAAUGUUGUGUUAUAUUAAUAUGGAUAUGAUAGCAUGCUAAGAUAUUAGCUGAUUCCUACCCACUCGGCUAGGGUGUAUAUUAUCCUGGUAAGAAGGUACUAGCUGCUUCCUACUGACUUGGAAAGAAUUUCUCAGUUCAGUUGGUAGAGAGUUAGAAUAGUGAGCCAUGGUUGAUCACUAAGUAGAUGAGGCAUUGAAGCACCGUAUAUGACCUAAUAAGGGCACAGGGUGCGGGUAAUUGACAGUGGGCACGUCCUUAUUAAGAUUUGUUAUUCUGAAGUUUUAUGAAACAGACUAUAACUUAUAGCAGAAUAACCAAGGCUGUGGAAACGGUAAAAUAUUAUGUCAUAAAUAUAUUCCAGAUGAAGAUAUCUAUUCAUUAUCAUGUAUUAAGCUUAAAUAUCACUUGAAUAUCCUGUAAACUUGUAAACCAUGCCAGCUGUUCUUUAGACCAGAGCACGUGUGUUCCACCAUUUAUGUUCAAAUGGAACUCUUGUGUUCUAUUUAUAGACACAGGUGAUUUCCCAGAUCAUAUCAGACAUCGUUUUCUUUGACCUAAUAAUUGAUUUACAAUGUAUUUUACAAGCUUUCUGUUCUGAACAACAGUUAGUUAACAACAUGAAUUAAGUCUUUUACUUUAUCUUCAAAUAAAGAUGGUAAGUUAUUAUUUGUAUGUGUGUUUAGUUUCAGGUGCACUUUGCACCGACAUCUGUAAGAAUACUUCAGUAGACAAAAUGUGGCGAAACUUGUGUUCCAGUGACUAAUUUGCUGAAGAAAAUUGAACACAUAAAGCAGCCAAACAUUUCACAUGAAUUAUUUCAUUUGAACACCAUUUUGACACUCAGUCAAAUAUUUUUUUCUUGGAAAAAAGGUAGGGGCGCCCUUAUUAGGGCAGGCACCCUUAUUAGGUCAUAUACGGUAUAUAUAGCAAUCACCUAUUACAGAUAACUUCAUUUACACUAAUAUUGAUAGCCGACAUGUUUUGAACAUAUGAACUGCAGUAUGAUGACUGUCUAACUACAGUUUUUGACAGGAUAUUCUUGCUUUACAAGAUGUCAUAUGAAAAUUUAAUACUCAUUGACAAAUGUGAUGUUGUUGAGGUAAUUAAAGUAGAAAACGUUAAACAGUUAUUGUAAAUCAUGUUUAAUGUGCUUUCCUGUUUUUGUGUUAGAUCAAUAAUACAACUAUACUUGUAUUAAAUGUAAACUGAAAUACCACAAAAAAGUGAAUCCAAGUUGUUUCACGGCAUUAAGUGAUAAUACCAGAUUGUUGAAUAUGUGAUGCUCAGUACCUAAUUGUUGUAAUUAUCUCUUGGAAUGAAAAAGUAGACAUAGUAAUGAUUAGGAGAUUAUAGGCUUCUUGAACCACAUUGUUUCUAAUAUGAUCUUUGUGUGAGUCCAACAAUUGGGCAUCUUCAGGACUCGAUGGUUACCUUCCUGAUAAGUUACCUCUUCACGUUGUAUGUAAACACAACCCCAUGGAACUUGAGGAUGGUGAUGAGGGUUGAUGUGGUUUUAAGAUUACGAGGUUUUGGUGUGGUUUUAAAGUUAUGAGGUUUUCCUCAUAUACUGAAAGAUCAGACAGGAAUUGCUUAAUGACAGCUUAUUUAAAUAUAGAUUAGAUAAUCCUUGUCUUAAUUUAUUAAUGAUUAACUUCAUUGUCAUGUACCCAAAUGUAUGCUGUGAUGUGUUUACACUUAAUAUGUACUCAGUUUCAUCUGUCUGUGAUCAAAUCCAGUCAUUUUGAACUUGGUGCAUGAUGUCUUUCAUCCCAGAUUAUGUAUAUGGGAUUAAUUUAUUUGCAUACCACAUAAUAUAGUUAAAUAUAAAGUAUUCAACAUCCUGUAUGAGUGCCGAAGCUAUGGAUAGCCCUGUAAUGGUAUUUAUUACGAUCACAGCAGACCUCAUUUUUGUCCUAUUGAACAUUCCUGUUGAAAUUGUUCUUCUCCACAGCUUAAGUUCACAGUAGGACAAGUUUCCUCCGGCUCACACCUGUUUUCUGUCAAUAAAGGCGCGAGGUUCAGAGAAAACUUGGACUAAAGUCUACAGGAGCUAGACAAAUUGAAAUGUUGUUUGUUCCUUCAUUCAUAAAUGUGUCAAGCCUGUGAUUAAAUCGUGCUAUACUAGAUAUGUCUCAUAUUCAUGGCUAGAGAAAUCCACAGGGGCCAGACUCAUUCAAGUCAUAGGAAUACAUGUGUAAUAUUAUCUACGUCCAGCUCCUGUAGUAACUUAGUGCUACACUAGAUAUCAUCUGUGGCCAAUAAUUGUUACAUUGUAACUGUGUAGGCACAGGUCUUGAAUUCAUGUGAUGAGUGUUAAAUAAACGUUAUAAUGCACGCUCA